CUUCAGAAUUACUUGGGCCUCUCUAUACCAGGCUGGAAAUUCUCAUCGGCCUCCGAGAGCAGCUUUGGGCUGUAGCCAUUUCUCCGGGGUCGAAAUUGGGCAUUCCCCAAGCUCUGCUAGUAAGAAAGAUCCGGGAAAAGUGGCCAACUCUGCCAACGGGGCUUGGCUAACCAGGCAUUAUUUUCUUGACUCCACCAAGGCGGGUGAAGGGAGGCGACAGCUGAGGCCAGGACCACAGGACCUGUGGCGAAUCUGCAGCCUUUCAGGCCUUUGGCCGCACAAGGAAGGAGCAGGAAAGAAGAGCAAAGGAGCGCGCAUCCCAUCCACCGAUUCGCCCCGCCCGCCUGACGAAUCUGCGCCUGUUCAACGCGCCACUCAAAUCUCCCCAGCUCUGGCUGGCCUCCUCCCCUCCGCCCCGCCCCCUUUUCCUCAGGGAUUAGUCGCUGCUUUCGUCGCCGCCGAUUCGUCAAGGACCCCAGGCCAGAGCAGCUGGGUAGUCGUGGUGAAGCCCACUCUCCGGGGAAUGCGGCCAAUCUCCAGGCUCCCUGGGCCGCAGCUCUGGAGCCUUAAAGGGCGCCGGCCGAGGCGAAGCCGCUUUCCUCGGCCCCGUGGGUCUCCCGGCGGCACCCGUGGCGAAAGUGCGAAUGUAGACCCUGUGCCCGCUGGGCCUCGCGCAGUGUAAAUGAGCAAAGAUGGAUCAGGAAGGUGGGGGAGAUGGGCAGAAAGCCCCGAGCUUCCAGUGGCGGAACUACAAGCUCAUCGUGGAUCCUGCCUUGGACCCUGCCUUGCGCAGGCCUUCUCAAAAGGUGUACCGCUAUGAUGGAGUCCACUUCAGUGUCAACGACUCAAAAUACAUACCAGUCGAAGACCUCCAAGACCCCCGAUGCCACGUCAGGUCCAAAAACAGAGACUUUUCCCUCCCAGUCCCUAAGUUUAAGCUGGAUGAGUUCUAUAUCGGACAGAUUCCUCUGAAGGAAGUGACUUUCGCGAGGCUGAAUGACAAUGUGCGGGAGACCUUCUUAAAGGAUAUGUGCCGAAAGUAUGGUGAGGUGGAAGAGGUAGAGAUCCUUCUUCACCCCCGUACUCGCAAGCACCUGGGCCUGGCCCGCGUGCUCUUCACUAGCACUCGGGGAGCCAAGGAAACAGUCAAAAACCUCCACCUUACCUCCGUCAUGGGCAACAUCAUCCACGCCCAGCUCGACAUCAAAGGACAACAACGAAUGAAAUAUUAUGAACUGAUAGUCAAUGGCUCCUACACCCCUCAGACGGUGCCCACUGGGGGCAAGGCGCUGAGCGAGAAGUUCCAGGGCUCUGGUGCAGCCACUGAGACGACUGAAUCCCGCCGCCGCUCCUCCUCUGACACGGCUGCUUACCCGGCGGGCUCUGCUGGGGUGGGCACUCCUGGCAAUGGCACCCCCUGCUCCCAGGACACAAGCUUCUCCAGCAGCCGACAAGACACCCCAUCUUCCUUUGGCCAAUUCACCCCUCAGUCCUCCCAAGGAACCCCUUACACAUCUCGGGGCAGCACCCCCUACUCUCAGGACUCUGCCUACUCCAGCAGCACCACUUCAACCUCCUUCAAGCCUCGGCGGUCAGAGAACAGCUACCAAGAUUCUUUUUCCCGCCGCCAUUUCUCUGCAUCUGCAGCCCCCACGACCACCUCUACAGCUGCCUCCGCCACUACUGCAGCCACUGCCUCGUCCUCCUCCUCAUCUUCCUCCUCCUCUUCGUUGUCCUCGUCCUCUUCAUCCUCCUCUUCGUCCUCAUCCUCUCAUUUUCGUGGUACUGACUCAAACUACCCAGCGUACUAUGAAAGCUGGAAUCGCUACCAACGCCAUGCUUCCUACCCUCCCCGCCGUGCAACUCGGGAGGAGCCCCCUGGGGCAUCUUUUGCUGAAAAUGCAGCUGAGCGCUUCCCACCUUCCUACACCUCCUACUUGCCCCCUGAGCCCAGCCGGCCUGCUGACCAGGACUACCGGCCUCCUGCCUCAGAAGCUCCACCCCCGGAGCCUCCAGAACCUGGUGGAGGCGGGGGUGGGGGAGGGCCCAGCCCUGAGAGAGAAGAAGCUCGGACAUCCCCCCGCCCAGCCUCACCUGCCCGCUCCGGCUCCCCAGCCCCAGAGACCACCAAUGAGAGUGUGCCCUUCGCUCAGCAUAGCAGCUUGGAUUCCCGCAUUGAGAUGUUGCUGAAGGAGCAGCGCUCCAAGUUUUCAUUCCUGGCCUCUGACACAGAGGAAGAGGAAGAGAACAGCACCACAGGCCCUGGGUCUAGAGACAUAGGGAGUGAGGUGCCUUCUGGGUCAGGUCAUGGGCCCUGCACGCCCCCUCCAGCCCCAGCUAAUUUUGAGGAUGUGGCACCUGCAGGGAGUGGGGAACCAGGGGUUACCCGGGAGUCUCCCAAGGCCAACGGACAGAACCAGGCUUCUCCGUGCUCUUCGGGAGAGGAUAUGGAGAUCUCUGAUGAUGACAGGGGCGGUUCACCCCCUCCGGCCCCAACACCCCCCCAGCAGCCUCCACCCCCUCCUCCACCACCCCCUCCUCCUCCUCCCUACCUGGCUUCCCUACCCCUUGGUUAUCCUCCCCACCAGCCUGCCUACCUCCUCCCACCACGCCCUGAUGGGCCACCACCCCCUGAGUACCCCCCACCUCCUCCGCCACCCCCCCACAUUUAUGACUUUGUGAAUUCCCUAGAGCUCAUGGAUCGACUUGGGGCUCAGUGGGGAGGGAUGCCCAUGUCCUUCCAGAUGCAGACCCAGAUGUUAACUCGGCUCCAUCAGCUGCGGCAGGGCAAGGGAUUGACUGCUGCCUCAGCUGGCCCCCCUGGUGGGGCCUUUGGGGAGGCCUUCCUCCCAUUCCCACCCCCCCAAGAGGCAGCCUACGGCUUACCCUACGCUCUGUACACACAAGGGCAAGAAGGCCGAGGGGCAUACUCCCGGGAGGCAUACCACCUUCCUUUGCCCAUGGCAGCUGAGCCCCUGCCCUCCUCCUCGGUCUCUGGAGAAGAGGCCCGGCUACCUCCCAGGGAGGAAGCAGAGCUGGCAGAGGGCAAGGCCCUACCGUCAGCAGGCACCGUGGGGCGUGUGCUGGCCACCCUAGUCCAAGAGAUGAAGAGCAUCAUGCAGCGAGACCUCAACCGCAAGAUGGUGGAGAAUGUGGCCUUUGGAGCCUUUGACCAGUGGUGGGAGAGCAAGGAAGAGAAGGCCAAGCCAUUCCAGAAUGCAGCCAAACAGCAAGCCAAGGAGGAGGAUAAAGAGAAGACAAAACUCAAAGAGCCAGGCCUGCUGUCCCUCGUAGACUGGGCCAAGAGUGGGGGUACCACGGGCAUCGAGGCCUUCGCUUUUGGGUCAGGGCUGCGAGGGGCCCUGCGGCUGCCUUCUUUCAAGGUAAAGCGAAAAGAGCCUUCGGAAAUUUCAGAGGCCAGUGAGGAAAAGAGGCCCCGGCCCUCCACUCCAGCUGAGGAGGAUGAAGAUGACCCUGAGCGAGAGAAGGAGGCUGGAGAGCCGGGACGUCCGGGAACCAAGCCCCCAAAACGAGAUGAAGAGCGAAGCAAGACCCAGGGCAAGCACCGCAAAUCCUUUGCUCUGGACAGUGAGGGGGAGGAAGCAUCCCAGGAGUCCUCCUCAGAGAAGGAUGAGGAGGAUGAUGAGGAAGAUGAAGACGAUGAAGAACGUGAGGAAGCCAUGGAUACUACAAAGAAGGAGACAGAGGCAUCAGAUGAUGGUGAAAAUGAUAGCACGUCAGACUCCGAGAGCAGCAGCUCAUCCAGCUCGUCAUCGUCCUCAUCUUCCUCCUCCUCAUCCUCCUCAUCCUCCUCAUCAUCUGAGUCCUCCUCUGAAGAAGAAGAGGAAGAGGAGCAGCCAGCAACCAUACCUUCAACGUCCCCUCCCCCCAGAGAUGUCCCUGCGCCCCUGCCAGCGCCUGUGGAAGAGCCCGAGCCAGAGCGGGUUGCAGGCUCCCCAGUCACACCUCUCCCUGAACAGGAGAAGUCUCCGGCAAGACCUGUAGGUUCCACCGAGGAACCACCUCCCUGUGUGCCCCAGCCUCCCCCUGAGCCACCAGCAGGUCCCCCAGCCCCCGCCCACCGCCCUGACGAGCGCCCCUCCUCUCCUAUCCCUCUCCUGCCCCCACCCAAGAAACGCCGGAAAACCGUCUCCUUCUCUGCUGUGGAGGAGGUGCCGGCACCAGAGCCUCCCCCAGCUGCCCCACCACAGAUCAAGUCUCCUGGACCCGUCUCCCGCAAAGUUCCCCGGGCCGUGGAGCGGACCAUUCGAAACCUGCCCCUGGACCAUGCGUCCCUGGUCAAGAGUUGGCCUGAGGAGGUGUCCCGAGGAGGUCGGAGCAGGGCUGGAGGCCGAGGCCGCUCUACUGAGGAGGAAGAAGCUGAGCCAGGGACAGAAGUGGACCUGGCAGUGCUAGCCGACCUGGCCCUGACCCCAGCCCGUCGUGGGCCAGCCGCCCUGCCUCCUGGCGAUGACUCGGAGGCCACAGAGACAUCAGAUGAGGCGGACCGCCCCGGCCCCCUCCUCAGCCACAUCCUCCUGGAGCACAACUACGCCUUGGCCGUCAAGCCACCGCCCUCCACACCAGCCCCUCGGCCCGUGGAGCCAGUUCCUGCCCCUGCAGCCCUCUUCAGCUCCCCAGCAGAUGAGGUCCUAGAGGCCCCUGAGGUGGUGGUGGCUGAGGCAGAGGAGCCAAAGCAGCAGCAGCAGCAGCAGCAGCAAGAGGAAGGCGAGGAGGAGGAGGAAGAGGAAGAGGAGUCAGAGUCAUCCGAGAGCAGCAGCAGCAGCAGCAGUGACGGGGAGGGUGCCGUUCGGCGUCGCAGCCUCCGCUCCCAUGCUCGGCGCAGGCGGCCUCCCCCGCCCCCCCCACCCCCUCCACCCCCCUCCUUCGAGCCCCGCAGUGAGUUUGAGCAGAUGACCAUCCUGUAUGACAUUUGGAACUCAGGCCUGGACUUGGAGGACAUGGGCUACCUGCGGCUCACAUACGAGCGGCUACUGCAGCAGACAAGCGGGGCUGACUGGCUUAACGACACCCACUGGGUCCAUCACACCAUCACCAACCUGAGCACUCCAAAACGCAAGCGGCGGCCCCAGGAUGGGCCCCGUGAGCACCAGACAGGCUCAGCCCGAAGUGAAGGCUAUUACCCCAUCAGCAAGAAGGAAAAAGACAGGUACCUGGAUGUGUGUCCUGUUUCUGCCCGGCAGCUAGAAGGAGCGGACACUCAGGGGACUAACCGUGUGCUUUCGGAGCGCCGGUCUGAGCAGCGGCGGCUGCUGAGUGCCAUUGGCACCUCUGCCAUCAUGGACAGUGAUCUGCUAAAGCUAAACCAGCUCAAGUUCCGGAAGAAGAAGCUCCGAUUCGGCCGGAGCCGGAUCCAUGAGUGGGGACUGUUUGCCAUGGAACCCAUCGCAGCUGACGAGAUGGUCAUCGAAUACGUGGGUCAGAACAUCCGCCAGAUGGUGGCCGACAUGCGGGAGAAGCGCUACGUGCAGGAAGGCAUCGGCAGCAGCUACCUGUUCCGGGUGGACCAUGACACCAUCAUCGAUGCCACCAAGUGCGGCAACCUGGCGAGGUUCAUCAACCACUGCUGCACGCCCAACUGCUAUGCCAAGGUGAUCACCAUCGAGUCCCAGAAGAAGAUUGUGAUUUACUCCAAGCAGCCCAUCGGUGUGGAUGAGGAGAUCACCUAUGACUACAAGUUCCCGCUGGAGGACAACAAGAUCCCGUGUCUGUGUGGCACUGAGAGCUGCCGUGGCUCCCUCAACUGAGGUGGGGCAGGACUGGUGCCCACGCCCCUAUUUAUUCCCCUUGGUGCCCUGAGCUCCCAGCCCCCCAGCCUUAGUGGGCUCAGCAGGGCCCACAUGCCCCCAUCUCCAGAUAUGGGGUUGGGAGGCCCUGAGCCCAGCAAGGGAGCCUCAGUCCCUUGAGGCAACUUCUGCCUCCCCUGUCGCCCCUGCCCACCCACCCUCUAACUUUUUUUUCUUUGCGGAGAAGAAGCUGUAAAUGUUUUGUAGCUGCCAGCAGCUGUUUCCUGUGGAAACCUGGGGUGCCGGCCUGUACAGAUCCUGUUCUUGGGGGGCUGCAUAGCCCCCUUGCUUUGUGUUAAUGGGGACUUCCCCUUUGUGCCCUGCGUGCACCCCUCCCCAGUUUAGGGGGUCUCUAGGGGCAGUGGCCAUGUUCUCCCCCUGGGGGGGGGCUCUGUGCCCCCAGUCCUAGGGACUCCGUGCCUGGAACCCUGCCUCAUCUUCUGUUCCUGCCAGACCCUGUGGGUCACCCUCCCACCCUGGUGUCUGGAAGCUCCUGCUCUGCCAGGCCAGGAUGGUGGGGGGGGCGGGCCCUUCCUGUUGGGCUGGAUUGUACAUAUGUUAAUAGCGCAAACCCAACGCCACAUUUUUAUAAUUGUGAUUAAACUUUAUUGUACAAAA